AUGGAACAGCAACCUCCUCUAGUUCCUCAGAUUCGGUUGCCUGAUGGAUGGAAUUUUAAGUCUCUUGGUUCACCGAACACGGCGUCUCGAGAUACUCGAAGUUCCUCUUGCAAAACUUGUGGUUGGAAUGGCGAUCCUCUAGAGCUCCUUAGGCCACGUCGCCUCCUUCAUGCCAUCAGCUCGAGGGAUCUCUCUAGGAAUUGCAUCCGCUGCCAGAUUCUAGCACUUGUCAUCAAGGCCCUAAAAGUCCAUAAGACGGGACUGCUUCGAUCUCCCAAUAGAGUUUCUUUCUGCGGCAGAAAUUAUAUUAGGGUCGACGAUGAAUUCUCUUCGGCAUAUGAAGAGGUGUUCUUGUUUAUUUCAGCAGAUUCCCACGGACCUGAAAUUCCUCGUGGGAUACCAAGGGGCCGACCAGAACACAUCGAUACCUCAUCAGAUGCCUCAUUUUUCUGGGCACAAGAACAAAUCCAAGCUCAUCAAUAUUGCUGUCAACCUGUCAACGCUAGUUCAUUUGUUCCGACGCGUCUCAUUCGUGUCAACCCGAGAGGUCUCGGCAAAGAUGUUGUUCUCGAUGACUGUGUUCCUAAAGGCACUCGAUACGCAGCCAUUAGCUAUUUGUGGGGCAAGAAAACGCAACCAUGUUCAACGACACCUUCGACACUAAGCGACCAUAAGAAACGUAUAAAAUGGUCCACAUUGCCAAAGACUACUCAAGAUGCCAUAGAAUAUACACGUCGGUUGGGUAUCGAAUAUAUAUGGGUCGAUUGCCUUUGUAUGAUACAAAAUGACCGGGCAGACUGGGAACGGGAGUCGGGACGGAUGUCCGAUAUCUACAAAAACGCAUAUGUAACCCUGACGGCUGUUUGGGGCGACGAUUGCGAUUCUGGGCUUUUCUCAAAGUCCGAACGGUUCAGGUCGACUCCAUUAGCAAGUUUACGCUUUAAUGAUGAGGACUUCUCCCUUUCCAUGCGACGAUUUCAUGAACCGAUUUCUAUCCGGGGCCGGCAUUCUAAUCCUGGGCUUCCCAAUCCAACCCCGUUAUUCGAUCGGGCCUGGACUUACCAGGAACGAUUGAUAUCGCCUAGAGUUUUAUAUUUCACGAAAAAGGAAUUGGUUUUUGAAUGCUUCUGCGAUACCGCUUGUCAGUGCUGUCUUACGCAACAUCGACUCUUGGACUAUGAUGACGCGGAAUGUCCCAAGAGGGUCUUUUAUAAGGUUAUUAAUCCUACGAAGAAACUCACGAGUUCGAGUGCACAAACCAACGCUGUCGCCGUCCGAGCCCGGGAGUCUGGUAAAACGCCUACUAAAAUUUAUGGUAACGAAAUAGCUCUAAAACCAAACCCUUAUGACCCUCGAGAGGCGUGGGCGAACAUGGUUUCGGAGUAUAGCCUGCUAAAUUUGACUAACCUGGAUGAUAAACUCCCUGCCAUCGCAGCCAUGGCUAGACAAUUCCAGACAGUCCGCCCUGGGGAGCGUUAUCUUGCUGGUUUGUGGUCGGGUUCUUUGUACCGAGAUUUACUAUGGCAGACGUCAAGCCAGGAUACCCAGAGAUUAACAACGGCACCGACGUGGUCUUGGGCUUCUAUAUCUAAGAUGCCUAUCGCAUAUCCUGCAAUUUCAAUCGAUCAAUUAACCCCUUCUGUCAGAGUUGUAGAAGCAAUUUGCCGCUACGUCGAUAAUAACCCAUAUGGGGUUUUCAAGACUAGCUCUCUAAUACUACGAGGCCGAUUAAUUUCGUGCUGGGUCCGUCAAAAAUCUGGACACAAUUUCGAGUUGACGCACUUGCGUUCUGGACUGAAAAUCGAAUCAUUGGUGUCUAUAGAUUGUACCGAUGUGUCGUUUGGUAAGGUUCCGCGAAAAGUCCACUUGCUUGAAAUCGCGAAGGGACUCGGCGAACAAUCAACGAACCGCCACUUUUUGAUUCUAGACCGGGAGAGUAGGUCGCGUCAGAUAUUUUCUAGAGUGGGUGUUUUGCAUUUUUCUCCGAGUAAAGGAAAUCACAAACAGAACAAGGAAUCCAUGAACAUGGUAUUGAAUGGAUUUAGCUCAACGGAGACGGUUACCUUAAUAUGAGGAUAUUCGGAGG